UUGAACCAUUAAAAAUCAUUGUCAUGGGGUCAGUAGGAACAGGCAAAUUUUAUCUGAUUAGAGCAAUUAGAAGACAACUUUGUAGAAUAGCAGAGAUUACAUCUGAACCACCUGACUUGUACUUGUCCAACAGGAGUUCUGCAUAUAAUAUUAAUAGUGUAACUAUUUAUUCAACACUUUUUAUUCCAAUGCAAAUUAGAAAUAAUAUUGAUUUGAAAAGUAAAUAG